CUCAUCCAUCACCAUCUCUCUACCCCCUCUCUCUCUCACACACACGCACAUUAGUACCAGGAUCAAUUUCAAGAGGCUAGGAAAAAUGGAUAAUAGAUACAACCACCAUCUUCAUCAUCGUCAUCAAAACCUCCAAAACAACACCACAUACUUGCCAAUUUUGUGUUCACGCCCAUUCAUCAAAGAUGUCCACCUCUCCAGAUGGCACGACCGCUCCACCACCUCUUCCUCCGCCUCCUCCUCCUCUUCCUCCUCGAAGGACCCUUCGUCGCCGAGAGUCAGCUGUGUAGGCCAAGUCAAGACCAGAACCAACAAAACCACCAUCAUUGCCUACCCAGCUCCCACCAGACUCACCACCACCACCACCAAAGAUAACCACAACCUCACACCAUACUCCAAGCUCAAAAGGCUCUUUUCUACCAAAAAUCUCUCCACCACCACCACUAGUAGUAGUAGUACCAGUGUAAGUUGUAGGAGAGAGAUGAUGAUCAUGGGUAGUCCGAGAAGGAGGUCCAAGUGUAGAGAUGAAAGAAGAACUAAUAAUUAUGUUCAUCCGGUGGUGGAUGUGGCGGAGAUGGAUCCACCAUUGCCGGUGGUCAAGAGGGUGCAACAAUCCGGGGAGGGCCGUGAUGAAGUCAACCUUUGGAAGAGGAGGUCUGCUGCUGCUCAUGGGGUGGCACUCAAAAAUUUAAAGAUUCUACAAAUUCAUAUACCCAACAAUCAUUUUCUUCAACCAACCACUGUGUGAACAUGACACACUCCAAUUAAUUUGAGGUAAUUAAUAUCUUGGGGAUAUUGAAAAUGUAAAUUGUUUUGUUAUGUUUCUAAUUAGAAAGUAGAGUUUAGAAUAUUAGAUAAAGGGUGAAAAAAAAAAAGGUCAUGGCCUCUCUCUCUCUCUUCAAAUUUAAAUUUUUUUGGUGGGAUAGGGAUAAAAGAGGUUUAAAGUGAUCAUAAGAAACUUUAUUUUUUGCAUGCCAAUCUUUAUUUAAAGUUUGGAAA